ACUUGAUGAAGGUGAAUAUGUAGUAUCUUUACUUUUAGAUCCAUCUAAGGCAGUCGACGCUAUAGACAGCAACAUACUUUAGCAAAAAUUAUAUACUGUGGGUGUUAGAGGCUUCUUCCUGAAUUGAGUUAUCUCUUACAUGCAGGCCAGAAAUCUGAAAGCUAAAGUUGGAAGUACAACAUCUAAUCUAUAUCCUGCUGAACAUGGUGGACCUCAGGGAUCUGUACUGGGACCAUUGCUGUUCAAUUUAUACGGUCCAGCAAGAAUUCCUCCUGUGGUGGGUGUAUGGCAGUCGGCGGAUAGCUCUAACGAAGGCACGAAAGGAUAACUGCACCGCAGGGAAAUCUCCGCGGACACCGCAACGUGGCCGAAACACCGAGUGGCGAGCGUCACACCUGAAGGCUGAUACGAUGCCGACGUGUUGCAGGUUGCACACUACGAGCGUUGAACUACACAUUAUUUCGGAAACAGGAAAUGAAUGGCACAUGCCGAUACGUGCAUUGUAACUGCUAUUUUGACGCGAUUCCUUUUUUGAGUGAUUUGAAUAGAUUGAUUUCGAUAUUUUCUGCCCAUUUUUAAAAAAAACAACUUUUUUUA